GCGAUUUAAGGGUGGUUGUGUCUUGGCGGUACCGCCUUUCACCAGACGUAGAGCAUAUAGAAAUCUUUUUCAUCAUCUGUAAACUUCUCCCUGAAGACAACGAGACCCGAUAACUCGGCAAGGAAUCCGGCCGCGAGCGACCCUGAUCUAGUCGAUAAGAUACCUCCUACCAUUCUCUUCAUGGCCAACAACGUCGUAGAACCAGAAUCGCAAAGAUGCCCAGCGGACAGUGGACCAACAUGGACAGGCCCUUUAGCCUCGAAACAUGAGACUGGCUGGCGCCAUAUAGUGCGAAAUUUUACUCCUGCGUAGGUGGUUUUCAGCAAACAUGGGUACUGGAAUUGCAUCUAUCCUACUCAAUACCUUACCAUACAAUGGGAGAUGGCUCUACUGGAUAUCAGUGAUACUAUUUGCCCUAAAUGUGCUGUUAUUCCUUGGCUUUUUGCUCCUAACAGUUCUUCGGUAUCUGCUGUACCCUGAAAUAUUCCCAGUGAUGAUUACUCAUCCAGCUCAAUCAUUAUUCCUGGGUACUUUCCCAAUGGGCCUCGCCACGAUUAUUAACAUGAUUUGCUUUGUCUGCGUGCCUGCGUGGGGAAUCUGGGCAAGUUACUUUGUCUGGGGGCUGUGGAUAGCUGAUGCUGUUGUCUCUGUACUAACAUGCUUUGUGGUGCCGUUCAUCAUGAUGACGCGGAGUUCCGAAAUCACGAUAUCAUCUAUGAGCGCAGCAUGGCUACUUCCCGUCGUAGCAUGCGUCGUCGCCGCAGCCUCUGGUGCCAUUGUCGCGGAUGUAUUGCCAGAUCCACAAUAUGCGUUCGGAACCAUUAUCGUCAGCUAUGUAUUAUGGGGAGUGGGGGUACCUCUUGCGCUGAUGAUAAUCGUCAUUUAUCUCCUGCGACUGAUGCUCCACAAGCUUCCGCCAAAGCAGCUCAUUGUCAGCAUGUUUUUGCCUCUCGGACCUCUUGGGCAAGGCAGUUAUGGCAUCCAAAAGCUGGGUCAAGUGUCUCAGAAAAUCUUCCCUGAAGCCCACACUCUUCGACCGGGAACGGGAGAGGUCUUCGAAAUGAUGGGCUUUUUCAUCGGACUACUACUAUGGGCUUUCGGACUUCUCUGGCUUUUCUUCGCUGUGGCUUCUAUUAUUCGCACCCGGAAAUUCCCAUUCAAUCUUGGCUGGUGGGCAUUCACUUUCCCUCUCGGUGUGUAUGCUACCAGUACAUGUCAAUUGGGUCGCGAGAUGCCAUCACGGUUUUUCCGCGUGGUCGGUACGAUAUUCUCAGUUUGUGUGGUGUUAUUAUGGAUCCUGGUGACGUGUCUUACCACUAAAGGUAUCUAUGAUCGGAGUCUCUUCGUCGCGCCUUGUUUGGCGGAUUUGCGGAAAAAGCAGGAGAGGAAGCAAGGGGAACAGCUUCAUAUCGAAGAGAAAUAGUUACACUAAUGGCUUUGUAAUGUUAACGGAGGUCGCAUGC